AGCAGGGGGGUAGAACAAACAUGGCGGACUAUUCAGCUUAUAAAGAGACGUCAAAUCGUCACUUACGUUUCAAGCUCCAGAGUCUCGGCCGCCGUCUCGAUGAAUUAGAGGAAGCGACGAAAAACCUCCAGAAAGCUGAGGAUGAGUUGCUGGACUUGCAGGACAAAGUUAUCCAGGCAGAAGGCAGCAACUCGAGCAUGCUGGCCGAUGUUGAAGUUUUGCGCAAAAGAGUCUUGAAAAUCGAAGGGAAGGAUGAGGAGAUCAGGAAAGCGGAAGAGCUUUGCCAGCUGAUGAAGGAGAAACUGGAGGAGGAGGAAAGUCUCACGCGGGAGCUGAAAUCCGAAAUCGAGCGGCUUCAGAAGCGAAUGGCAGAGCUGGAGAAGCUGGAGGAAGCUUUUGGCAGGAGCAAGAAUGACUGUACUCAGCUCUGCCUCAGCCUCAACGAGGAGAAAAACUUGACGAAGAAAAUCUCAACGGAACUGGAAGUUCUUCGGGCAAAAGUAAAAGAACUUGAGCAAUCUGAAGACAGGCUGGAUAAAACUGAGCAGAGCUUAGUGAGUGAACUGGAAAAGCUUAAGUCGCUAGCUCUCACGUUUGUUAAUGAGAAGAAACACUUCGCUGAGAAGGAGAAGCAGAAUGAGAAAAUAAUACAAGAGCUGACACAAAAGCUCGAGCAAAAUAAUAAGCUGAACCGGGCAGAUCAAACGCGAAACACAUCUAACCUGCUGGAAAGAUCAUCCAAUAGUAUUCUCGACAGAAAUGACCUGAGGAUUGAAGUUGACUUGACAACUUCAGCACUGUCAUCGAAGGAAACAAGGAGAAAAGGGAGUUUGGAAUACCUAAAGCUUGUUGAAAACGAAACUCGGAACAAAUCAGAAAAUCAGAAGAAUAAAAAUCAAGAAGACAACAAAGUGAAGGACCUCAACCAAGAAAUCGAGAAGCUAAAGACUCAAAUCAAACACUUUGAGUCUUUAGAAGAGGAGCUCAAAACCCUGAGAGCAAAGAAUAAUGACCUGCAUGAUAGCUACUUGAGCGAGCAAAACAAAAACAAGCUCCUCAUAGGCCAACUUGAAGAAAUAAAAACACAGAUGAAGAAGCAGAAAGAGUUGGAGAAUGGUGAGGCAGAAACAGAGGAAAUUAACCUACCUAGCCGAGUGAAGCACGACAGACCCAAACACAGAGCUGUCACAGCCGAGUCAGCCAUUUCUAAGCAUAAGUCUCGGGAACUUUCUCCUCAGCACAGGCGGGAGAGAAUACGCAACCGAGAAUUCUCAUUUAAUAGCGAGAGCCAAGGCGGCAAGAGGGCCACAAGCCCUAACCUGAACAGCAGGAGAGCAGCCAAAGCAUCGAGCACCUCAGCAUUAUUGGACACCUUAGCAACUGAUGCUAAACGGGCAGAAGACAAAUCCAUGCUGGGCAUGCACUUUUCCUCACAGAAAGACAGCGGAAACCCACCGGCUGAAGUAAAAAAAUCUAGAGAGCAGCCAUCUGUGCUUAGUCGUUACCCACCUGCAGCACAGGAGCACAAGUCUUGGAAAGCCUCUUCGAAACCCAAGAAUGAGAGCGCGUUGAGGAGCAAAGUGGAAAAAACAUCUCAAUCACCAAACGACGCUCAUCACUGUAAGUCUGACGAACUUGAAGAGAAGCCCAGCAAAACUGAAACCUCCAUAUCACCUUCUGAAAAGGGAAUUAAGACGCGCGUUGCAGAACAAUCUGCUCUUUCGACAGAGACUCACAUCUCGAAAACUAACCGGGGGGCCUCCAAUGGAGCUGCUUUGUCCUAUAGGCAUUAUCUCUCUACGGAGACAUUAGCUGCUGAACCUACCAGCUCAAAGAUGGAAACCGCUUUGGUCUCAUCUCGCAGGCAGCACUUGGAAGAGAGCUCUCCGAAGGCAGUAAACUCCCAGGAAAGAGAACCUCCGCACGAAAUGGUAAAGCCCUCACCUUUAGCAAAAUCUUGGCUCAUUUCAAGAAGUCAGGAAGAUCUCUUGCAGAGUCCCCCAGAUCCUCAGAAGGAAGAAAUGGAUCAGACUGCUGCCUUAGCCGCAAGCUCUAACAACGUGGGCCUAAAACCCACGUCUGCAAGAGCCAGAGCUACCAACUCCAAUAGCCAUGAAAAAUUCAUCACCAGUGAAGAGACAAGUAAAAUGGCAACCGCUUCUGCUACUGCUGACGUAGGGUUGAAAAGGGAACCUGCAUCUAGAGAGUUCGCAAGCUCCAAGAGGGCUAUUCGAACAUCUCCUUUUGAAAACGAAAAAAAUGCUAGCGGCGAGGAAGAGCUCAGCAGGUCCUCCAGGGUGUCUUCAGCCGCUGCCCUUACAGGGUCGAAACCGAGAAGGCAGUUCAGUCCCAGAGAAGCACUGAGGUCUAAAGCCGUCAUCAAGCCUGCGAUUGUGGAAAAGGACGUGAAGGAAAUCAUGGGUGGUACAGGGCCAGAAGCCAGCUCUGAAAAGCAGCAGCCUGUCUUUAAGACGGUGUCACACAAAAUGACAAGCAGUAUCACCAUUUACCCAUCUGAGCCUGUGACUCAAAGGACCAGUGCGAGCGACGCCACAAAAGAACAGCAGCACAUAUCUGCCAGCAACAUUCGAGUGCUUCCGAAUGAGCUUUCACUGGGGACAAACGCGACCGGCACACCUUACGAGAUACCGAUUAACAAGAGCAAUAUAACCCUGAAGUUACCCGAGGCUGAGAAGAACGGGGACCCUGCUCCUAGGAGCAGGGUGGAAACAGUCGUCUCGAAAAGCAGCAUUACGAUAAAACCGUCUGAAUUCGGCGAGAAGAACAGCGAACCGCCCAUGGAGACAAUCAACUGGAAGAGCCAUAGUGCUUCAGAGGCCAACUCGCCUGACACCAAACACGUCACAGUGAGAAGCGCGUGGCGAACGCGACGGGGCUUGCAAUCUUCGGAGGACUCUGCGACGAAGGCUGUUGAAAAUGCAGCCCCUCGAAAUCCAUAUAGGUCAUCUACCGACCCCCACAAACCAGAAGGGACUAGCGCACGCAUAUAUGCAAUUGAGCAGAAUUCCAGAAGAGCCAGCGCUGGUAUAAACUCUUGGAAUGCUCCGGAAUUAGACUCUAGAAGGACCAAAAGUAGCUUAACCGCAUCUGAGAUGCUCGGCCGGAGGAGCUGCAUUAGUGAUCCUGCGACUGCUUCCCCCUGGAGCUGCACAGUAUUACCGGAGGAAAACAAAGAUUUUGUUCCCAGUUCCAGAAGAAAACCGUUUGGCUCCUCUGAGCAGCUUGCCCGGGCUGACACACCGAGGAAGAGGCCAGACGCCAGGCUGGAAGCGACACGCCAGCUGUCGGACAGCAAGGCUGAGGAGCGGAGGCGUUGGACCAAAGGCUGCUCAGAAGACAACUGAGCCUGCUGACACUGAGGGUCUUUCCCCCUCCAGUUGCAUGACCUCCAGAAGCUGAGCUUCAUUCUUCAUCCCUACACUGGUCUCUUCCCUGCAGCCAGUCCAACACAGGGACAUGUACAGUGCCUGACUUUUAACCCCUUCAGUGCUCAAGGUCCUUUCUGCCCACUAGCUGUGGGUGGAUUUUUUAUUUUAAAGGUGGCUUUGUGUUUUCCUUCUCCUCCCUGGAGGAGGCCGCAGACACUUUGCUCAGGGGAAUCCCACUCUGAAAUCUUAUUGAGCUUGAAUCAGUGGUAACCCAUGGCUGGUGAACGGCUCUGCAUCUGUCUAAGAGGUACCCAGUAACUUUGGAUCAGGUUGGACAAACCUUUGAGGCCAACAGCCUUGACCUCUGCCAUCUGCCACGCUUUUCCCUGGAGAAGCAAGAGGUGUUUUCUUGUGUGCGGGUAGGUGUUGGUAACCGCUGCAAAGCAAGAACCGCCCCAGGCACACCUGCUUGCCGGAUCUCAAGAGCCCAGAACGGCACCUUGAGAAUUUCCAUUCCUCGCCGGAUUUUUGCUGUUCCAUCUUCUGAAAGAAGUUUACAUUACAAAGAAUCUGGUUUCCGUGUGCCACAAGUACUCUCUGAGAUGCCGCUCCGGAAAGGAUGAUGCGGGGAGGGGAAUGACACAGUUCCAGGAACCCAACUCCAAGGCCAUUGCUUCCCACCAGCCAUAGCUCUCUCGCAGCAUACCUGCACUGCAGUGGCUUGGCCACUUGCAAGGAACUUCUGCCUGAGCCCGACACAUAAGCAAUAAGCGCGACAUCCAAGAUUUUCGCCCAUCUCCCGCUCUGCAGGCUGGGUGCUGAGGAAGCAGCCCCUUCCCUCCCCGAGCGCUUGAGUUCUUGCCUUCGCUUCCUUCCUUGCCCGCAAGCCUCGCAGGAUCCAAACUCUGGCUGGACUCAAAUCAGGAAGAGCAAGAAACCUCGCCAACACCCCGAGCCCAAUGUCAUCCCAGCCAAAGCAGGCGGAGUGCUCCGUGGGGCCUUGCUGGCUUCCUUGGAAGAGCCUUUGGCGCAUUACUUGAACUAACAGCCUGAGGCCUCAGUGUGGGCUGCACCACACCUCAGGACUGGGGCAGCCACUGGGCAUUUGGCACAACCUGCUCAGAGAAGUGGGGAAGAAGAGGCUCCUUUGUUCAGCACCUCAACAUAUCCAGGGGGUUAUUCCUUUAUUUCUGCUACCUCACUCUUCACUUGCAUGGGCAAAGGGACCAGCGGAGACUCAUCCAGAGACACAGCGAUUGCCCUCUUCUGCACCCGAGUCAGCAGACAGAACGUUGGACCCCACCAGUGCCACGGCAGCUGCUCACCUUGUCCUAGUCUUCUCAGUCUUCCCCCAUGCAUUUGGAACAUAAGGCUUAGAUGCUGCUGUAA